AUGUCCGAAUACACGUCGCAGACUUUCCGCCCGCUGCUGAACAGGCUGGUGCAGACGCCAGAGUAUUUCACUCCCGACGACCUCAAAGAGUCACUCAACCACCUCUUUACGCCCAAUGCACUUCAUCCAGCUCAAAUCGGAGCGUUCUUGACAGCGCUGCACAUACACCGUGUGGAGAGACGACCGGAUUCGCUGGCAGCAGCAGCGAGCGUGCUGCGUGAUCGUGCGCUCAAAGCAGCGGUACAGGACACGGAUAACGACUUUGUGGUGGAUAUCGUUGGGACGGGAGGCGAUGGGUACAAUCUGUUCAACGUGAGCACGACAGCGGCGGUCGUGGCAGCCGGUGCGGGUGCGAGGGUUAUCAAACACGGAAGUCGUGCGUCGACCUCGUCCUCAGGCUCUGCCGACCUGCUCGAGUCGCUCGAAUGCCUCUUCACCGCGCCCACACCAGGGACUCCGAUGCCCAUCCCACGCGUGCCCUUCACCUUCAUCCUCGCGCCGCACUACCACCCCUCACUCGCCACGAUAGCGCCGUACCGCAAAUCGCUCCCCUUCCGCACCAUGUUCAACGUCCUCGGGCCUCUCAUCAACCCCGCUAGGCCGCGCGGGAUGGUCCUGGGUGUCGCCGAACCCGAGAUCGGGCCCACCUUCGCACAGUCAAUCGGGGAGGGCGGCGUCGAGCGCGCCUUGGUCGUGUGCGGCUUCGAGGGCCUCGACGAGAUCAGCUGUGCGGGUCCCUCGCACGCUUGGGAGCUGAAGGACGGGAAGGUGACGAAGAAGGUGAUCAGGCCGGAGGACUUUGGGCUGCCCGCGCACACGCUGUCGACGGUCGCGGGUGGGUCGCCGAUGGAGAACGCGGAGACGUUCAAGACGCUGCUUACGUCGGGGGAGAAUAUCCCCGAGAAGCUUGUGCCGGUGUUGGAUUUUGUGCUGAUGAACGCGUCGGCCCUACUUGUGGUCGCAGGGAUUGCGAAGGACUACGUUGAAGGUGCCAACCUUGCUCGGGAAAGUGUCACUUCGGGGAAGGCGUGGCGGGCGUUGGAGAUCUUCCGGGAUACUGGCAAGAAAGCCGCUGAAGCUCUAUGA